GUCAGGGGGCAGAUCAUGGGAUUUACGUUCACUUUCUCUAAGUCAAACUAAAUCGCCUUUAUCAGUGGAACAAGCUUUUGGAACGAUGGCGGUGGACGCUAUUUCACCUGACUGGGAAUUCGAUCGAUUUGACGACGGGUCUACGAAGAUACACACUGAGGUGCAACUGAAGAACUAUGCCAGGUUUCUGGAGGAGUACACAUCUCAGCUGAAAGGCAUAGAAGAUGCUCUGGACGACUCUAUAGGGGAUGUGUGGGACUUCACUUUGGACCCCAUAGCCCUAAAACUUCUUCCAUAUGAACAGUCCUCGUUGUUGGAACUGAUUAAAACAGACAACAAGGUCCUGAACAAAGUGAUUACAGUGUAUGCAGCUCUUUGCAGUGAGGUCAGGAAGCUGAAGUAUGAGGCAGAAAUCAAGUUUUACAAUGGCUUGCUGUACUAUGGUGAAGGAGUGUCAGACAGCUGUGUGGUUGAAGGAGAGUCACAAGUCCAGAUGGGCCGGUUCAUCUCCUUCUUUCAGGAGCUGUCCUGUUUUGUGUCCCGAUGCUUUGAGGUGGUGGUCAGCAUUGUCCAUCAGUUGGCAUCCCUCUACAAUAGCAACAAGAGUGCUACUAAAGUAAUUGAGUCGUCCGGAGUUCAUUUCCAAACUGUUUAUGAGCACCUGGGGGAGCUGUUGGUGGUCCUGUUAACUCUGGAUGAGAUCAUGGAGAAUCACAGCACCCUGAAAGACCACUGGAAGAUGUACAAGAGGUUACUGAAGUCAGUACAUCAUAACCCAGGGAAGUUUGCCAUCCCAGAGGAGAAGCUGAAGCCGUUUGAGAAGCUGCUGCUAAAGCUGGAGGGACAACUGCUGGACAGCAUGAUAUUCCAGGCAUGUGUGGAGCAGAGGUUUGAUGACCCCGGGGAGGGAGUUUCUGUCUCGAAGAACACUGCCUUUGCCGAGGAAUUUGCCCUGAACAUCCGCAACAUAUUCACCAAUGUGGAGUCAAAGAUCGGUGAGCCGUCGGAGAUAGACCAGAGAGAUAAAUAUGCUGGGGUCUGUGGACUCUUCGUUCUUCACUUCCACAUUUUCAGAACUGUAGACAAGAAGCUCUACAAAGCCCUGCUAGACAUCUGCAAAAAGGUGCCAGCUGUGACACUGACAUCAAACAUCAUUUGGUUCCCAGACACCUUCCUUAUGACCAAGGUCCCAGCUGCAGCCAAGCUGAUGGACAAGAAGAGUGUUCAGAGCAUCAGAGCACAGAGAGACACUUACCUGCAGCAGAAAGCACAGACUCUCACCAAGGAUGUCCAGUCCUACUACGUGUUUGUUACAUCCUGGAUGAUGAAGAUGGAGGCCAUCUCAUCGAAGGAGCAGCGAAACGACAAGAUGUCUGAGGACCUCAGCAGCAGGUGUAACGUCUUUGUGCAGGGUAUACUAUAUGCCUACAGUAUCAGCACCAUAAUCAAGACCACCAUGAACCUGUACAUGUCCAUGCAAAGACCAAUGACCAAGACCUCGGUCAAAGCCCUCUGCAGACUCAUCGAGCUGCUCAAGGCAGUGGAGCACACGUUCCACCGGCGCUCCAUGGUGGUGGCCGACUCCGUGUCCCACAUCACACAACAGCUGCAGUCUCAGGCCCUCAGCUCUAUAGGCAUCGCUAAGAAAAGGGUGAUCUCUGAUAAGAAGUACAGCGAGCAGCGGUUGGAUGUGCUUUCUGCUCUUGUGCUGGCUGAGAACGCUCUGAACGGGCCCAGCACUAAGGAGCGCCGCCUAGUGAUUUCCCUGGCUCUCAGUGUGGGGACGCAGAUGAAAACGUUCAGAGAUGAAGAGUUGCUCCCUCUGCAGCUGGUGCUGAAGAAGCUGGACCUGAUCAGUGAGCUGAAAGAAAGGGUGAAGGUCCAGUGUGACUGCAGUUUCCUGUACUGGCACAGAGCAGUAUUCCCCAUCUAUCUGGAUGAUGUGUAUGAUCACGCUGUAGAUGCUGCACGAAUCCACUACAUGUUCAGCGCCCUGAGGGACUGCGUGCCCACCAUGUUGUACGCUAAACACAUGGAGUCAUGUGACCAGCUGCUGAAGAGUUAUGACACUGAGAUCAUGCAGGUGUUUAAUGAGCACCUGUUGGACAAACUGUGUAAGGAGAUAGAGAAGGACCUGCGACUGUCAGUCCACACACACCUGAAGCUGGACGACAGGAACCCCUUCAAGGUGGGCAUGAAGGACCUGGCCCACUUCUUCUCCCUCAAACCCAUCCGCUUUUUCAACCGCUUCAUCCACAUCAAAGCCUACGUGACCCACUACCUGGACAAGACUUUUUAUAACCUGACCACGGUGGCUCUUCAUGACUGGGCCACCUACAGUGAGAUGAGGAACCUGGCCACCCAGCGAUACGGACUCACCAUGACUGAGGCACACUUACCUAGCCAGACACUGGAGCAGGGAUUGGAUGUUUUGGAGAUUAUGAGGAACAUCCAUGUGUUUGUGUCCCGUUACCUCUACAACCUCAACAACCAGAUUUUCAUUGAGAAGACGAGCAACAACAAGCACCUGAACACCAUCAACAUCCGCCACAUCGCCAACUCCAUCCGCACCCACGGCACAGGCAUCAUGAACACCACAGUCAACUUCACCUACCAGUUCCUGAGGAAGAAGUUCUACAUCUUCAGCCAGUUCAUGUACGACGAGCAUAUCAAGUCCAGGCUCAUCAAAGACAUCCGUUUCUUCAGGGAGACCAAAGACCAGUCAGACCAGAAGUACCCCUUUGAGAGGGCAGAGAAGUUCAACCGCGGCAUCAGGAAGCUCGGCAUCACCCCCGAUGGGCAGAGUUACCUGGACCAGUUCAGACAGCUCAUCAGCCAGAUCGGUAACGCCAUGGGCUACGUGCGGAUGAUCCGCUCCGGGGGCCUGCACUGCUGCAGCAGCGCCAUCAGGUUUGUUCCUGACCUGGAGGACAUAGUGAACUUUGAGGAGCUGGUAAAGGAGGAGGGGCUUUCAGAAGAGACCCAGAAAGCAGCCAGUCUGCUGGACUCUGUCCUGGGGGAUCUGACCAGUAACUCCGCCGAGGGGACCGAGUACUUCAAGAUGCUGGUGGGAGUGUUCGCCCCCGAAUUUCGCAGUGUCAAGAACAUGCACCUGAGAAACUUCUACAUGAUCGUUCCUCCUCUUACUGUGAACUUUGUGGAGCACUCCAUCGGUUGCAAGGAGAAGCUCAACAAGAAGAACAAAGGCGGGGCGGCCUUCACAGACGAUGGCUUCGCCAUGGGUGUGGCCUACAUCCUGAAGCUGCUGGACCAGUACCUUGAGUUCGACUCCCUCCACUGGUUCCAGGCGGUCAGGGAGAAGUACAUGAAGGAAAUGAGUGCGGUGUUGAAGGAGCAGAACGUCCAGGCCGCCUGCCAGGAUGAGAAGCUCCUGCAGACCAUGAACCUCACCCAGAAGAGGCUGGAUAUCAACCUGCAGGAGUUUGAGCUGCUUCACUUCUCCCUAAGCAGCGCUCGGAUCUUCUUCCGUGCUGACAAGACCGCCGCAGAGGAGACCCAGGAGAGAAAGGACAGAGAAACGGCUGCUAAAACAGUACCCACCUGUACAGAUGGCUCUGAACUUCUCCGGGACAGCUAAAGGACACUGAGUUCCUAGGACAGAGUUGAAAUGUCAGUGCUGUGACUGAUUUGGGGAACUGGGGCACGCCACGGUAUGGAGAGUAGUGAAGGACUGGUGUGGAACCAGCAGGGCCAGUAUACCACACUGAGGUAGUGUCAUGUCCUGUGAUACCAGACUGAAAGGACAAGACCGGAGUGUGUUCGUAAAGACGUGGAAGCCUCCCCCCAGCAGGAAAAUGGACGACGAUGAAGACGUUCCCCAACUCUGAGCUACAAGUCGUCUGCUUUCUGGAAUGGUCCUGAAAGGCAGAAUGUUCCGGAAGUGCACAGAAAACAUUAAUGGUUACUGUUGUUUGUUUUUAAUGGAACACUGUCUUUCUUAAUCACACAAACCCUCACUGACUUUCCUGCUGUUAACAGAACUGCUAAUAGUAGUAAAAAAAACAUUGUCUGUGCCUCCAAUUAAUCGUUGGCAACGAUGCAGGGGAUGGUGGUCCGUUGACUGUUCCUCAACCUGACAUCCUUGUGGUCACAACUUAUGUCCUGGCCUUUAUCCAUUUAACAUCACACUGAAUGAACACAAAGGAUAUUCUUUCUCAGCAGAUCUAUUUUCACUGUAGUGUCUAGAGUAAUAGGACAUUGUGUUACAUUUGACUUAAUGAAUGUUUUCAAAUUGCAGAUCUAGACAUGAUUUGAGUUGACAAAACUAGUUGGACAUUUUGGAUUCUAAUGGAUUGACAUUGUGAUUUGUUAUUUUUAGUCUUGUGCCUUUUUGAUUGGUCAAUGCCUAAUUUUAUAUUUCUGUACUCUCUAUGCCUUGUAUGAGGUACAAUAUGCCAGAUGUUAUUUUUCAAUAACUUAUUUGGAACGUCUUCAUGAUCCAUGCUUCCGUUAUUGUAUGGCAUCAGGUGUCAGUAGAACUCAUUUUACCAGUGGUAUGGCAAAUUAUGUUUUUUGUUCUUAAUUGGUCCAUUUAUUGAUCAAAAUAAUAAUGUAGCCAUGGGUAAACACUCAUAGGGUUUUAUUUCUAUUCACCUUAAUAGUAUCUGGCCGUUUUGCUUAUUUCAUCAAACUACAGGCACUAAAAUUUGUUUUGGCUUCAUUCUUAAACAAGUUACUGGAGAAGGGGGAAAAAAUUUAAUGUUAGAAUCUGAGGGUCCAUUUCUGAGUUUUAGUGACCAGUUUAGGAACAGCUCUCUUAAUUCUGAUUAGGAUGUCCUGCUUGCUUUGGUUAAUCUUUUGUAAAUUGAAGGCAUUUAUCAUGUGUAUUGUACACAGAACAUGUCAAAGUAAUAAACAUUUUAAGAUAAA